UUUCAAGCCUGAACCUCAUGUAGUCGGGAAUUAAAUGUUGUCUAUCCAAAAGAAGAAGAGUUCUAAUGUUAAGAGUUCUGCAAAAGUGGCUGCAUUUUCUUCAAUAAUGGCAAAAGAAGUAUAUGCCAGUCAAGGAGGGCAGAAGUGAGGUAAAGAGGAAGAGCGAGAAUAUAGCAGUGAGAGAGGAACAUUUCUUGUCAGUACCAUAAUGAGGAAGCUCAGAUAUAUCUUGAUGUCCCUGCUGCUUCGUUUGUGACUGGCAAUAUGAGGGCACCCCGCAAAGGGGUAGAUUUUCUUCCAAGCUUACUAGCUGCAAAUGCUAGGUAUUUUUCUACCUUUUUUUUCUGACAUUUUUUCUUUUUACCAACUAUGACAGAAGAAAUAGUAUAUGCUAAUCUGAAGUUUGAGAACAACCAUGAACUGGAUAAUAUCACAGAGCCUGAAGAAACUAAAGAAAAAGCAUCGCAGCUCCAUUUCACGACUGAACUCCUGCCGGGGCCUCCCACUUCGUCCCGCUCUUACUGGCCAGUAGUCCUGAUCUUGUUCAUGCUGUGCCUGGCAUUGCUGAUGGCGCUGGUGACCCUGGCGGUUUUAUUUAUCCAGAUUCCCAAGGACUACAGGACACAACUUACAGACCUCAACAUGACAAAGAAUCAGCUGCAUGCAAAUUUCUCAAAUAUUCUGCAAGCAAUAGGAAAUCAGCUGUGCUUGGAAGGGGAAAAAAACCUCAAAAAUAAUGGCCAGAACUGUGUACUCUGCCCUGCAAACUGGCUGUGGAAAGGUGGCGACACAUGUUACUACCACUCCAAGGAAGAGAAGUCAUGGGAACAGAGUCACCAGUUUUGUUCCUCGAGGAACUCUACUCUUCUUCUGAUAAAAGAUGCAGCAAAGAUGAAACUGGUACAAGAAUUUCCUAGAGAAACCUACUGGCUUGGAUUAACAUUUAGAGAUGAACAGAGAGAGUGGUAUUGGACAGACAACACAGUUCUUACAAAACAAAUGCCUUGGGUAAAGCACCUACACCCCCAAUACUGUGGAUAUAUUUAUUAUGAUUCCAUAUAUAGUACUCCAUGUACAAGAAAGUAUUACUAUGUCUGUGAAAAGCCUGCCAUCCUAUUCCAGCGAGGCAGCAACCACUGGCAGGACUGGUUUGUCAGACCAAAAUGAUUAUGAGAAGCUAGAAGAUGUUCUGCAAGACAUAUGUAAAACUAUUUUCAUACUAAGGAAAUGGGCACGGUGACAAGCUCCAGGAGCUACCCAAGUCUGUUGAUCCAGAUAAAAAACUGUUACAUGAUUACUCAGUUUUAAUCAACACAAGUGAUGCCAAAACGGCCAAAAGUCAUGUCCAGGAAAAAAACCAAAAUGCUAAGGCAAGCACCUACAGGUACUGCUCCUCUCCCAGCAUCCCCUGAUACAGUCCUAACACCACUCGUCAGUUCUAGCUGUACAGCUGUAACAUAACACAAGUGAUGAGGAUUAAACACUUCCAUUCAGGAGAGACUUCUGAUGUCUUGUUGAUAUGACUGCUUUAAUGCAUUAGUAGGCUGGAGUAUACAACACGUAAAUAUAGUUAUCCUCAGAAGGUGGGCCAAAGUGUUCCCGAACUGUAUUAAUAAUCAUAAUUGCUCUGGGACACAGAGAUUUAUAGUCCUCAUAAGGACUUGUGCAUGUGUCACAGAAGAAGACAUCCUUCAGCUAUGAAUGUCUAGCUCUCCUCCGUGCUUUAUACUUCUUACUGGCACUGUUAGUUCUCUUCUUUUCUUUUUUUUCUCUUUUUUCUCUUUUUUUUUUUCCUAGUAAUAAUUCUACUCUUCCACUUUUCUACAUUUUUGAUCUACUGCAAGAGUCACAGUCAUGUUCAGAGGCAUGAACAGAACCUCCUUUUAUGAAUUUUUAGGAUACUUCCUGGAAUGCCACACUACUAAUCUAAUGUGCUGAGCAAGGGUCUACAAACCCAACCACAGUGAAAACACCCCAAGCAGUGUUAAUGAACAAAACGUCUCCCUCCACAUCGCUGUGGAACAAUGACAGUGAAGCUGAAAUAAAUCUCAGUCCCAUAACGGUGUUUUGAUUUGAGCAAAAAGUUCAUGAAUUCCUAGCUCGGUCCUCCCUGGAGAUUUGUGUAUUCCUUGUGGAUUCCAGAUUAUUUAUUGUGGAUCAUUUACUACUGGUGUAGCAGCUGGGCUGCUGAAGAAUUGGUCAUACCCAUCAAGAGGCUGUUCCAGUGUCCCACGGAACUCAGCACUACGCAGCAGUUUCUGAUCACCAACAUGAACAUUUGGGGCGUUAUUUUCAAAUACCAAUUUCAUGCUUCAGAAACCUUUGUGGAUUUCUCUUACCCUCUGCUGUUUACACUCACCAUUCACAUCUCUGACAUAAUCUCUCUUAGCUGCUCCUCUCAGUUCCUCUUCCAGCUGCUCCUGUCUUUGGGAGUGAAGAGGCAGAACACUUCCAUCCUGCAGUACAGACACAGCCCUGGUGACUUCCCAGAGUGUCUCUCAGCAUUCAUACCAGAUACACUGAAAUAAGAAAUCUCAUGUGGAAGGUAUCCUGAACGGUAUUCAUGGUGCAUACUUUCUUGAUAAUGAAAGGCUUUGCUGUAAUUUGCCAGAAAUAUUAAAAAAAGAAAGAAAGAAAGAAGAAAAAAAAGUCUGAUCUUGUUUUCUUUUCCAUUAGAGGGACUGUGAGGAAACAAGAAAAAUAUUUCCAGGACGUUUUUUCAUCAAUGGGGCAUGCCUAAGAGCAGAGGGGUGAAUCUUAGGUGUUUCUGCAGUUUGUUGAAGACAAACAUGAGCUGAGAUUGGCAGCUCCUCACACUGACAGGCAGCCACAGGCCUUGAUCUUCUGGGUUCAUUUACUGCCAGCCCAAAAGCAGUCUCUGGUGCAGCAGCUGUAUUUGUGACUGUGAAGGCAGGAGGGGGUAGAGCACAGUCUCACAGUGUGCCGUGCUACUGAAACUGGAGGAGCUAGUUUCUUCUCAAAAACCAAUGACUGAAACACCAAAAAAGAAAAAAAAAAAAACAAAACAAAACAAAACCCACAAAUCCAAACACUACUGUUCACUGUGAGCAUUCAGAGUGCUGCCAGCGAACAACCUCAUCCAGCAAGGUUGAAACUGGCAAAGGACAUACCCUGGUGGUGGUGUAACCAGGUAGGGCUUAAGGAUGUGCUGUCUGACUCCAGCCCCUCUUCCACUGAACGGAGCUUUUCCUUACAGAGGAAGAGACAUAAAAAUGUAGCUUUUGUGUAUUGGCUGAGAUGGCAUUUUUGAAUCAUGGUUCCAUCCAACAGUGUGUUUCCAAUGUCUAAAUUUUUCUCCUCCCUACACCACCUCCCUCAGCCUCUAGCUAAUGCAAUUUGCAAGGUAACAUUCUGGUUAAUAAACACAGUUAUUUUGUGCAGCCUGCUGACAACAUUUAUACACGGGCUGUGAUCAAAUGUAGACCCAAACCUCCUGCCUUAGUUCACCUUUCUUUUCAUUUUAAUCUGAAGAAAUGAAGACACUUUGCCUGCUCAUCCUUACAAAAACAGAGAGUAUGAUGAACCUUUGUUACUUCUGUUCUUGCAGCAGGAUCUGUUUUAAAAGGUGACUCAAAAAAAAAAAAGUAAAGUAAUAUAAUUAACAGACUGCUUAUUGAAUUCAGAGCUACCAAGAUAAUACAAGAAAAUGACUUAACCUCCUCUUUUCUCUGCAGAAGUAAGAUCAGGUUGGAGAAAAGCUUCCCCAAAGGUGAUUCAUUACAUGCUUGAGAAGUUGUUGCUAUGACUGGAGAAGAUACUGCCAUGAAAAAUUGCAAUGAAAUUCAGUAGCAUAACCACACUUGACUCCCGGUUAGCUGCAGAAAAGCCCUUUCCACACUAAAUUGCCAACAUACAGCUUUCAGGCCUGAUAGACAAGUAUUUUUGCCCCAUAUUUAGUAUGAGGUUUUUAUGAGGAUACUGUGGAUAUACCAUGAAUACACAGUGACUGCUACUCCUUGUGUGCCUCUCUGUAUAACAAAACUGACUGUAGGCAUCCUUUACUCUCAACUUUUCCACCAUGCCUUCUCUUUGCAUACAGGUAAGAUAUAAUGCAAGAAAUAUACACAGCCAGAGAUACCUGUGCUCUGAAAACAUCUAUCAUCUGUGCAGCAAGGCAGGAAGAAGAGCCCAGUCAUUACAGUUUGUUUCCAGUCUGUUGAUAUGAUUUUGCAAAUGGGAGACUCUGAACUUUACAAACAAGAGCACAAACAGCUACCACAGAAAUUCCUCUCUUGCAAUUUCCUUCUGACUAACCCUGUCACUACAACAUGAUUCAUCAUGUCUGGGCAAGUGCUCUGUUUAAGGAGAGUUGGUCACUGAAGAUGUUUAAGAACUACAGCUCAGCACUGGAGCAAGGCACUGCAGAGAGCUAGAGAUGGAGAGCGGGGAUGGAUAAGCCACUUCUGCGCAGUGACUUCUGUCUACAGUGCAACAGCAGAGAGGUGCUCUGUGUGGUCUGGUCUUUCUCUGACACAGGUUGAGCAAUCACAUGAAUCCUGCCAAGCUCCUGGCCUCACAUUUCUUUCAGCUCAGCUUCUCCCCUUUUAGCAUUUAUUUCAGUAAAAUUAAAAAAAAUAAUUUCAUUUUUAAUUUAUUUCAUAACAGAGUACGGAAAUACAGCCUAUUAUUUCCAUGCAGCUGCUGCGUUGUAUUUGUGCCCUGAUACACGAACAGACAUCUUUGAUAACUCAAAAUAGCAACUAUUUCUCCAUCAUCUUAUUUUAAGGAGGUAGAAAAUCCUGACAUUUGCUCUGUUUACAGGGUCAGAUCAGGUAGAUAGUUAGAUGAAACAGUCUCACGUUCCAGCCAUAACCCAAGACUCCCAUCUUCGUAUUCAGGAGAAAUAUACCCAUCUUUGACAGUGCCAUUUUAACACCUUAAUGUGCUUUCAGUAUGUUACACUUUUACUAUGACACAGUAAUCAGAACAGAGCCAGCUUCCUGCGUGGUUUCACUGGAAAUGCUGAAACGUGAACCAUUCUCAUCGCCUCAGCAUCAGUCUCGCUGCAGUGUGCCCCAACUCCCACAGUACUGCUACUGCAGGAAAGAAGUGUGAUGAGCUGGAGAUGGAGGAUGAGGAAGGCUACACCACUCUGAAUUUACGGCCCUCAGCUUUAGUAAUUACUCCUGGAUAUUCGAGAAGCAACAAACGUUCUGCAUUUAAGGCUCCAGCAAGUUCUGUUACUGUAGACAGAGCCUCCAUCUCAUCUUCUGUAUGGCGUCCAGUGGCCUUUGCUUUCCUCACUUUGUGCCUGGUGCUGCUGAUGGGGCUGGUAGCCCUGCUGGCGCUGUUUUUUCAGGUUUCCAAGGAUCCAGAGGAAGGAAAGAAACUGCAGGAAAUGAGGGAAGCAUUGUGUUUUGAAGGGAAGGAGAAAAAUGAAACAAAAUGUGCUCUCUGUCCAGCAAGCUGGCAAAACAGUGGAGCUGACAACUGCAUCUACGUUUCGAAGCAGAAGAAAACAUGGAAGCAAAGCCAGGAAUUUUGUUCCUCAAGAAACUCCACUCUUCUUGUACUAAAAGACAAAGCAAAGAUGGUUUCUCUGCCACAGGACUCACAGUUUUACUGGGUUGGAUUAUCAUACAUAUCUGAAAGUAACGGCUGGUACUGGGAGGAUGGAACAGUUUUUUCAAAAGAAGUGACGAGUUGGGUUGUGAUCUAUGACAACAGCUUCUGCGCCUCCUUAUAUGGACGGAUUAUUUACGCCAGCCACUCCUGCCUAACAAAGCAAUUCUGGAUCUGUGAGAGAGUGGCUGUCCCUAUCAACUGAAGAAACAUUGCACAAAGGGAUGUGGGAUCUGCCAUUGUGAGACAACAACUUUAGGAACUGCAAGUUCUAAGUAUUUUUGUUUCUUUGUUUGUUUAUCAUGCAGGUUUCUCAGAAUAAGUGAUUCAAAUGGACAGGUCAUUGUCUGCAUUUUCCCGCCCAGGCUCACAAAUGACAGAAAUUAAAAAAAAAAAACAAAAACCUACAAAGCUAAAAACUAGCAGCCUAGGAAGCAACUUGAAAGAAUUAGCUACUGCCAAGAAAUGAUCCUUGUGUGACUUUCUAGGCUGACAACCACACAUUCUCACAAAUCUCUAUAUUUCUUAAGCUUCAGUCAGCAUGUUACACUAACACCUGCCAGUUAUAAACCAGCCUAACUACAUCCUUGAUGAUUUUACUCACUGGAUUACUUACUGUACACAGUAACUAUCAUCCACCCAUAAUCCUUUUCUAGAGCAGUUUGCCUAGGUUUGCCUUCUUCCCUAAAACUGUUCUUCCAACUGUUCCUCUGUUUGAGGUCCAGGGGUACAGAAAGAAAACAAGGCUGUAUUUAUCCAUAAAAUUAUUUUCAUAUAUGCAUUAAUAUUUAUAGAAACCAAGGGCCAUUUGUGAGAAGACUACAGGGAAUCCCUGGAAGCAAUCUCUGUGAAAAGUAGAGUUAAAUGUCAUGACUGGAUUAUAACAUUACCUGAAUAACUUCAGUGCUAUCAUAACAAUAAUUGCUGUGCAAAUAGCAGUGAGGAUAAUAAUUAUGUGCUCCAUUCAGAGCUACAUACAAUCACUUCUCAAGCUGAUGCAGAAUCCAUUGCCAUAGAUCUUACGUGAGCUCUUGUAUUAUAUCCAUACUGUUUGGGAUCCCUGGAACCCAACGUACACACUAUGCAUCGCCCGUUAUUAAAGAACUUGUCAUAUUUCUUGAAAGAAAAGGAUACUUCCACUUUUCUGGGUGCAGUUUCAUUGUGUGAGUUCUUUAAAGUUUUGUACGUCAGCAUCUGUUUUGUAUUACAUAUGCUUGUAUUCCUUGUGUGUGUGUGUGUAUAUAUAUAUAUAUAUAUACACUUGCAUCUAUGUGUACAUGCCUUAUUAUUUGGAGACUUCCCUUAAAUAAAUUAAAAAAUAAUAAUAUGUCUUUAAUAUUCAAUAUUUCCUUGGAAAAUAUUCUCAAAGACUGAAGCAGUUCCUUGGCAAAAAAAUGAGCCCAUCUUCCUAAUGUGCCAAAAUAUGUUUGUGAACUGAAUACAUUUACUAUACUCAGUAGAGCCAAGUCAUAAUUCAUGGGCACAAUUACCAGCUGAACUAUCCAGAAUUCCCUACUAUUGCAGUAGGAAGUACAAAGUAGAAUGCAAGUAAGGUACAACGUUUCAUGUCUUUCAUGAAACUUGAAAAAAAUAAUUCACAGCAGGUAUCUAAGCUGUCAUGUUUUUCCUUUUUUCUUCCCAUAAACUAAAACUUGAUUUUUUUCUAGCAAUCUGCUAUAUGCCUUUGCUGGCUGUAUUAUGAAAAUAAAUGCUAGCCUCUUGGUUUCCUGC